GGUGGGGCGCGGGGGUCCCGGGCCAUGGCGCAGGGCUGGGCGGGCUUCUCCGAGGAGGAGCUGAGGAGGCUGAAGCAGAGUCGAGAUCCAUUUGAACCUCAACGCCGUCUUCCUCUAAAGAAAAGUCGGCAACAACUUCAACGAGAAAAAGCCCUUCUAGAACAAAGCCGAAAACUCGGACUUCAAGAUGGGUCUACGUCAUUGCCUCCAGAGCAGCUGCUUUCUGCAGCAAAACAGAGACUUCACCUUCAGAACGCUCAUUCUUCUUCCUCUGCACUUCCCCAUCCUCCUACACCCCCCACUCCAGUUGCUGAUGGACAGCCACAAGGUGCCGAAAGCCAGCCCAGGGAACCAGGACUUGAGAAUUCCCAUGAUGGACACAGAAGUCCUGAGGUUCCCCCUCCAAAGCCAGAUUGCAAGUUGGAGGAAAAGAAAGUGGAAUUGCAAGAAAAAUCUCGCUGGGAAGUUCUUCAGCAAGAGCAACGCCUAAUGGAAGAGAAAAAUAAACGUAAGAAAGCUCUUUUGGCUAAAGCUAUUGCAGAAAGAUCUAAAAGAACUCAGGCAGAGACCUUGAAACUAAAGCGGGUCCAGAAGGAAUUACAGGCUUUAGAUGACAUGGUGUCAGCUGACAUUGGGAUCCUCAGAAACCGCAUUGAUCAGGCCAGCCUGGACUACUCAUAUGCACGAAAGCGUUUUGACAGGGCUGAAGCUGAGUACAUUACUGCGAAGCUAGAUCUGCAGCGCAAGACCGAGAUAAAAGAACAACUCACAGAACACCUUUGUACAAUCAUACAGCAAAACGAGCUCCGGAAGGCCAAAAAGUUGGAGGAGCUGAUGCAGCAACUGGAUGUACAGGCCGACGAGGAGACCUUGGAACUGGAGGGGGAGGUGGAAAGAUUGCUUCAAGAACAGGAAGCAGAAGCGAGGAAACAGGCGGGUUCCGAGGAGAAGCCGCGUCCAUCUGCCGGGCAGAGGGUGGCAGUAGAAUUCGCCAAAGAGAGCAGUAGUCCUCAUGAACGAGCUGCCUCUCCAGAGGCAGGCAGGCAGUGCGACAGUGCCCAUAGAGCCCCUCCUCGCAGUCCAGAAAGUCCAAACCAGGGCGUUAGUAACAUUUCCGCUGCUCUGGCAUCAUGAAGUGCCAGUGUUCUUUGCAAUUAAUGUGAUAGUAAGUUGAUUACACCUUCUAUGGUAGAGUAUAUUCUCACCCCUCAUAAAAGCCUCUUUCAAACUGUAUAUUAUGUUUGACUCUUCCAAAGUUCAGAAUGAUGGUAAUUUUAUAAUGAGGGGGCAUCUUUCACCUUAAUUUUAAUUCCAUUUUUAAAAUUAUUAUACUGAGCUAAAAUGACUGACUUAAAAGGAUAAAAGAGUUUGAAGCCAUGGGUUUGAGCCCCAGCAUUUGGAAAAAUCAAAAAAGGAGAAAAACUACAGAGCUAGGCUGUUUUCAACCAUAUAUGAACGAUAAUAGCCAAUCAGACUCAUUUGUCUUGUGAGAAAAACAUUGAGAAUACUGUUUCAUGUGAUUAUUGAUACAGAAAUUACUUUGUAGGAGUCUGGAAGAGAACAACAAAAGUAGUAGAUUGAAUUAUCUACAUCUUACUAGAGCUGCCAAACAUAGCUUAAAACUAUAGUUUAUGUAAAUAACUAGGCAAGUGAAGCUUUUGCCUUCAAUUUUACACUAAGUGGUUUUAGUUAUAACCUGAAUGUUAGUUGACAUAUAUACACAUAUGUAAAUGUCUAAUUUUAAUGUAGUCUGUUUUCUUUAGUCAAGAAAUUCAAUGAGUUAAAUUUAGAUAAUUUCUCAUUUCUAAAGUGAAGGAUAAAUAUAUAUAUAUAUAUAAAAUCUCAUUACUUUUGAUUAUCCAAACGAUGUCUUUUCUUUCUAAAGUUAUCUGUUGGGCAUUAAUUAUCCUAUCACAAAGCAUUUAAAUUGUUAAAAAUGUUUUUUUUUACUUUAGUAGUUGGUUAAUUACCUAUUACUGAUACUUGCUCAUGACAUUGUGCUAUAUGUGAAUGUGUAUAUAAGAUUUAUAAUGUCUCAAAUAUGUCAAUGUUACCUUAAAUUAUGAUCUAUAUCAGGUUACAUUUUAAGUCGUGAAAAGAACUUGUGGAAAAGUUAUG